UCACGGCAUGCGAACCGAUACUGACGCCAUUUUCAUUCACAUCAGCCACGUCCUAACUUUAUGUCGCGAAGUACGAUGAUCUUUUAAUCUGGCGGUUGGUGAAGUCAUAAAGAUAAUUUGAUUCUUCAAAGUAGUUGAUACAAUUAUAAUAAUCCAAGGAACAAUAGCAAAAUGCCUUUGAGGUUAGAUAUUAAACGGAAGUUAACAGCGAGAUCUGACAGAGUGAAAAGCGUGGAUCUUCAUCCAACCGAACCAUGGAUGUUGUGCUCCUUGUAUCAAGGCAAUGUGAAUAUCUGGAAUCAUGAAACCCAGACCUUGGUCAAAACAUUUGAAGUAUGCGAUCUACCUGUGCGAACAGCAAAGUUUGUGCCACGCAAAAAUUGGGUGAUUACAGGAUCUGAUGAUAUGCAAAUUAGAGUGUUUAAUUACAAUACCUUAGAACGAGUUCAUUCCUUUGAAGCGCACAGCGACUAUGUCAGAUGUAUAGCGGUGCAUCCAACACAGCCAUUUAUACUCACAAGUAGUGAUGACAUGUGGAUUAAAUUGUGGAACUGGGAGAAAUCCUGGACGUGUCAACAAGUAUUCGAGGGUCAUACACAUUACGUUAUGCAAGUUGUAUUUAAUCCAAAAGACAACAAUACUUUUGCCAGUGCAUCCCUGGAUAGAACAGUCAAAGUGUGGCAACUAGGUUCACCUACCGCUAAUUUCACGCUAGAAGGUCACGAGAAAGGUGUCAAUUGCGUGGAUUACUACCACGGAGGGGACAAGCCUUAUCUAAUAUCAGGUGCUGAUGACAGAUAUGUCAAAAUAUGGGAUUACCAAAACAAGACCUGUGUACAGACCUUGGAGGGCCACACUCAGAACAUUUCCGCUGUGUGUUUCCAUCCGGAAUUACCGAUUGUCCUUACCGCUUCUGAAGAUGGCACUGUUAAAAUAUGGCAUGCGGGGACUUACAGGCUGGAGUGUUCUCUUAAUUACAGCUUCGAAAGAGUAUGGACCAUCGCAUGCAUGCGCGGUUCGAACAACGUUGCUAUAGGAUACGACGAGGGCAGUGUUAUGGUCAAGGUUGGUCGGGAAGAACCUGCCGUGUCGAUGGAUUCGCUAGGCGGAAAAAUUGUCUGGGCACGUCACAGUGAGAUUCAACAAGUGAACUUGAAGGCACUGGGCGAGGAGGCGCAGGACGGAGAACGAUUACCAUUGACCGUCAAGGAUAUGGGAGCUUGUGAGAUUUAUCCGCAAACUAUCCAGCAUAAUCCGAACGGACGAUUUUUAGUAGUCUGCGGCGAUGGAGAGUACAUCAUAUACACGUCUAUGGCGUUGAGAAACAAAGCGUUCGGACAGGCAGCGGAAUUCGUGUGGGCGGCGGAUUCGAGCCAGUAUGCCGUGAGAGAAAGCAACACAACGGUGAAGGUCUUCAAAAACUUUAAAGAGAAAAAAAGCUUCAAACCAGAAUUUGGAGCAGAUGGCAUCUUUGGCGGAUUUCUACUCGGUGUGUCGUCCGGAUCCGGUCUGUCUUUCUUCGAUUGGGAUACAUUGAAUUUGGUUCGUCGCAUAGAUAUACAACCGACGCAUGUAUAUUGGGCCGAAAACGCCUCUUUAGUAACAUUAGCCACAGCAGAUCAGUAUUUUAUACUAAAGUAUCACUCAGAUGCCGUUGCUAAUUCAGAAAAUGCCGAGGAUAUCGAAAAUGCUUUCGAAAUGGUAGCAGAAAUGAGUGAAGUAGUGAAAACCGGUUUAUGGGUCGGCGACUGUUUUAUCUAUACUAACAGCGUCAAUCGCAUCAAUUAUUUUGUCGGUGGUGAAGUAGUCACAGUUUCUCAUUUAGACCGACCAAUGUAUUUGUUAGGAUAUGUGCCAAGGGACAAUAGAUUAUAUCUGUGUGACAAAGAACUCUCUGUUGUCUCUUACUCCUUGUUGCUGUCGGUGCUGGAAUAUCAAACCGCGGUUAUGCGAAAGGAUUUCGAAACUGCUAAUAGAGUAUUACCAACUAUACCCAAAGAGCAUCGAACGAGAGUAGCUCACUUCCUGGAGAAGCAGGGUUUCAAGGAGCAAGCUUUAGCAGUGUCCACGGAUCCCGAGCACAGAUUUGAAUUGGCUCUCGCACUUGGUAAUCUGGCGACCGCACACGAACUCGCCAAAGAAGCGAACAGCCAGCAGAAAUGGCGACAAUUGGCUUCUCUCGCCACCCAAAAGGGCAAAUUGUGCCUAGCGCAGGAAUGUCUACAUCAGGCGCAAGAUUUCGGCGGCUUGUUGUUACUGGCCACUAGUACGGGAAAUGCAAACAUGAUACAGAAACUUGGCGCGCUCGCGGACGAUACAGGAAAAAACAAUAUCUCCUUUUUGUCGAACUUUAUUUUGGGCGACGUGGAUAAGUGUCUCGAUAUUUUGAUUAAGACGGACAGAAUUCCUGAGGCAGCAUUCUUUGCUAGGACGUACGCGCCUAGCAAAAUCUCCGGUAUCAUCAAAUUGUGGAAAGAGAAGCUUUCCGCAGUUAGUGAGAAAGCCGGACAGAGCUUGGCAGAUCCUAAACAAUACGAGAACCUCUUCCCCGGGUACAGAGAAGCUCUGAAAGUGGAGAAGUUUUUGCGAGAGGAAAGCAAGAAAAAGAUUCCAGCUUCUGCAUUUCCUACUGUUACGUCCAAUAAUGAGCGAAAACCUUUGGAAGAGAUGUUGGCCGCCGAGCAAGCGGGAUUGUUUCAGUAUAAAGAUGGUACGAGCAAUGAUUUCGAAACAAAAUCGAGUGAUCCGGUGACCGAUUGCAGUCAGAGAUUACAAGAUCUUUCAGUAUCUGGAAUGGAUAUACAGAAUAUUUUGAGUAAAAUUUCCAUCUCGGCAUCAGAAAAAACAAUGGCAAAGUCCAUGAGUAGUUCCAGGCCUCUCACAGUCGACGAUGAUGAUUUGGAUAUCGACUUGGAGAUUGAUGAGAACAUCGACAUUACAGGUGUCAAUCUCGACGACGACCUUCUCGAGGAAGAUUAACCAUUCAACCCAGUCAUUCCGCGCAAAGAAAAAAGAAAAUUGUGUCACUUAGACUUUAGUAUUAAAAAUACGAAAUAUCUGCGCGCAAGUGUGUUUAUAUAAACACCGUAUAAGAUAAUACACAGACACGUAACUGCUAUCACGAUUAAAGAUUAAAUAUAUUAAAUAUAUUGUUAAUAUAACAAAGGAAGUAUGUGUGUUUGUGUUAUAAUCUUUUAUCUCUCUCUUUUUUGUCGUUAAUAUCUCUUCUAGAUAGAUGCAAACUAACAUUCGGUCAUUUCCGAUUUUUUUCCACGGAUUAAGUUUUAAAAAUACGAAUGUGGAUGACGGACCAUUUCUUCGAUUUUGAAAACAAAAACUUCAAUAUGGAUCUUUUACUAUCUCAGCGUGAAAGAUUGCAUCAUUUUGAUGCGAAGAAUAAAAGCGCCAUAUUAUCCGUUUCCCGUCGUUCCAUGGAUACCCGAUACAUUAGUCUAUCGUGCUUAUUUCGAAUUUUCGGGCGGGAGUGCGUGCGUAAAAGCUCGAGUCGAAUCGAUAUACUCGUACGUGUCACAAGGUGCCAAGGAAAAACAAAGAGGUACAGUUAGCACGAGCCGUACGUGCUCCGCCGCGCACUCACGGAAGAGAGAAUAAGCGCGCGCGUGUUGAAGCAAACUAUAUUCGUUAUUAACGCCAACAGGAAAAGGAGGUGCGAAGAGUUAAACUUGUCUAAGUAACCGAGUAAACUUCAGCAAACACGCUUUAUUGUAUUGUAACGACUUUUUCUAUAUUAUAUGUAUAUAUAUAUUUAUCUUGUA